AUGUAUUGCCAGAAGUGCCGGACUCCGUUGAAGCUCGACAGCUCGUUGGAGUCGUUGAAUCCAGCUGCAUUUGAGUUGCUUGUCAACUCGACAGGCAGGACUCUUCCGGAGCAUGGUUCAGCGUCGUCCGCAGCACGAUCAUCGUACCCUCCAGAAAGGCGCGAACUCUACGAUCGAGCGUCCAAAAAUGCUACGCAGCCAGUCUACAGAAGAUCCAUCCCCGCCCCACGGUCGGGGGCCAACCCCAAUCCGCCCGGCCCCCCACGAGGCGAUAGUGGGAAUAUGUCCUUCGUGAUGCUCACGGAGUCGCAAAUUGCACCGCCCCCAGUCGAAAGUCUUCCGGUGCGACCGAAAAAUCCGAGUAAGCAAGGUCAGGAUCACGGACACGAGGAUGCGACCUUUUCCAACCAGGUGGAAAGGGCUGCGCAGUUGUUCGAGAUCGUGUCGGCCCGUUCUGAUAUCGAUCAUCCCAUUUGCAUCGAGUGCACCGACAUGCUUGUUGAGGGAAUGCAGAAGCGUCUUGCUGGUGCUACGAGAGAGCGAGAUGCAUACAUAUCGUUCCUGAGAGCGUUGAACACAUCAGUUCCGACCGCGGACGACCUCGAGUCAGCUGAAAAGUCUCUCAAGGAAUGCCUUGAAGCAGAGAAGGCCGAGUUUGCCGAAUUGGAGGCGCUGGAACGUGAGCAAGCAGCAUUGGACGACGAAAUAGCAGGGCUGGAAGAGGAAUCUCGUCAACUUGAUGAGACCGAGGAAGCAUUCUGGCGGUCACGCAACAGCUUCGCGUUGACGCUGGCAGAGUUUCAAACAGAACGAGAUGCGCUGAACAUGCGAUACGAUCAUGACUCGCAGCAACUUGAGCGGCUGCAACGGACAAAUGUCUACAAUGACGCGUUUUGCAUCGGGCACGACGGAUACUAUGGGACAAUCAAUGGAUUGCGCCUAGGCAGAGGAUCAAAUCCGUCGGUCGACUGGGCAGAGAUCAACGCAGCAUGGGGCCAGACGUGUCUUCUCGUAGCUACAAUCGCCGACCGACUGGGAUUCAAAUCCAAGGACUACCGCUUGAGACCACUCGGCUCUACCUCGCAGAUUGAGUACAAACAGUGGUCCUCGGACGGUACUUCGUCAAAAAUCGUUACGGGGGACCUUUUCUCGAGCGGAGAUAUGCCACUCGGUAUUCCUUGGAUACAUCGUAGGUUCGAUAACGGAAUGGUGGCGUUCCUCGGAUGUCUACGACAGCUCGGAGAGUUCGUCGAGAAGACAUCCACACGCCGCGGCAACGAGGUCACGGGUACCACGCGGUCAGGGUUGCAGCUGCCCUAUACGAUCAACAAGGAUGUUAUAGGCGAUGCGAGCAUCAGGAUCGGGUUCCCCUCCGACGAUACAUGGACGCGUGCCUGUAAAUACACCUUGACCUGCUGCAAGUUCUUGCUAGCGCACGCGAGCAAUAUUGCCAGCACAAGUUCCAGUAAUUCCGCUGUCGCAGCUGCAGCGGUCGCGGCCGCGGAGCAGACUCGACAGGGCCCCACCAAGCCCCGGCCCUGA